AUGGCACCUAAACCUUUCAGAGUAUGUGUAACAACAGUAAACAAUGAAUUUAACUUCAUCAUGGAUCCGAAGGUUACUGGUAAACAGCUGUUUGAUCAAGUCGCUCGAAUUAUUAACCUUCGUGAAACAUGGUUUUUUGGUCUUGAAUAUACGGAUGCAAAAUCAUUUAGUUGUUGGCUUAAGCUUGAAAAAAAAAUUCUUAGUCACAAUGUACAGAAAGAUCACGCACAAGUAUUACACUUUCGGUUUCUUGCUCGAUUCUAUCCGGAAGAUGUGUCAGAAGAACUCAUCGAAGAGAUAACUCAAAGUCUUUUUUUCCUUCAAGUAAAACAGUUAAUUCUUGAUGAUUUAAUCUAUUGUCCACCCGAAACAUGUGUUCUACUUGCUUCGUACGCAAUGCAAGUUAAAUAUGGAGAUUAUGAUGAAAAUAAAUAUCCACCAGGAUCAUUAACUAACGAACGACUUUUACCUCAGCGUGUUGGCAAUCAAUUUCAAUUAUCAAGCGAAGAAUGGGUAAAACGUGUGGUGAAUUGGUGGAAAGAACAUGAAGGACUAAUGAAAGAAGAAGCAAUGAUUGAAUAUCUGAAAGUUGCUCAAGAUCUUGAGAUGUUUGGCAUAUCUUAUUUUGAAAUUCAAAAUCAAAAGGGUACUGCUCUUCUUCUUGGUGUCGACGCAAUCGGUAUUAAUAUCUACGAUAGACGAGACAAAUUAAUACCUAAACUUGGCUUUCCAUGGAUUGAAAUACGAACUGUAUUGUUCAAGGAUAAAAAAUUUAUCAUACAACCAGCCGACAAUCAAUCUCCUGACUUUGUUUUUACGACAACGAGAAUUUCUGCUAAUCGUCAAAUUUUAUCUUUUUGUGAGAAGAAUCAUGAGUUGUAUGUGCGUCGCCGAAACCCAGAGACAACAGAAGUAGCACAAAUGAAAGCUCAAGCAGCAGCAGAAAAACGAGCGCGUAAUAAAGAACGAGAACGUGUUCGAGUCGAAAUUGAACGUCGCAAACAAGCGGAACAAGAACGUGAAAGUUUACAGCAAAAAAUUGAUGGUCUGGAACGAAAAAACUCAUCAAGACGAUCGUCCCAGUCUUCUACGGCUGGAUCCAUUGACGAACAAAACCACCGAGCAAAAGAAUCCGAUGAUAAACGUCGAAAAGCUGAAAAAGCACAAUUACAUUUACAACGAGCACAACAAGAAGCUGAUAGAGAACAUCGAAGAGCAUCGGAACGAACUCGUUAUGAAAAAGCCGAAAGAGAAAAAGCUGUACAAGAAAUUGAAAAAACUUGUUUAUUAGCCGAAGAAAACGCUCAAGAAGCUCAACGAAAAGAGAAUGAAGCGCGUCAAAUUGAAGAAGAUUUACGAGAAACACAAAUGAGAAUUCUUCAAGCUAAAAAGAGCUACGAUAAUGGCUUUAAAGAAGGAUCUGAAGAAUAUGCAAUGCCUGCCGAUACUGACAGUGAUGAAGACGAAAAUAGCACACAUCGCUUCGAUACAAUGGGAAAGGGAUCCACUCAUGAAGAUAUGCGUACAACUACAACGACAAGAGAUCAAAAUAGAACACAAAAACUUGAAGCUGAACGAAAGAGUCUUGUACAACGACAACAACAAGCAGAUACACGCGAAGAUAAAAUUUCUCGAGAAAAUACAACUGACAAAGGUAUUGAUAAAUAUAAAACAUUGCAGAAAAUACGUGAAGGAACUGUCAAACGACGCAUCGAUGAAUUUGAAGCUAUGUGA